GAUAAUUCGCAUCCGAACAAAUCAGGGCCUUGUGCAACACAUAUAACCAAUCGAGCUACAUAGUCGGCUUGCACCACCUUCAGCUGACCCCGAACGGUCGUCUCCAUGUACAUAGGGAGGUACGCGCUGUAACUCAUCGUAGUUACAGUGGGUUAUGCCACCAUCAUGCCCUGCGCUCCUACGUAUGAUUUUUUCUAAUCUACAAGGACUUGCGGUGGGGAGUGUUGAAGAGAUAGGUAUACCGUUACAGUGGAGGCUGAGUCUACCAUCAGCAGAUAGAAAAUACUAUAGGUAUGUAGUCUAGAACCAAUCUUUUCUCGAACAUAAUCCAUUGUCAUAAGUGCCUUCUGUCUUAGCGCGCUAGUCGUUUGUGAACCCCUUGUCCCGAUUCCAGUUUACACGUCUCCGGACUGUAGACAACGCCAUGAGCUCCCUUUCUAUCCCUUUCAAUCCCAAGUUGGAGGAUGAAUCCAUAGGUCGGAUAAUUCUGAUCCCUGCCAUAUUAUUUACUAUUCUCGUUAUCCUGUCAACAAGUUUGCGUAUUUUUUCGAAGCUGCGGAUGAACCAUAGGCUCUCCGCCGACGAUGUUUUGAUCAUCAUUGCUCUAGCAUUCAACUUGACUGGCAAUGCAUUGGAAAUACAGUGUGUGGAAACAGGCUGUGGCCGACAUCUCCAGUUCCUCACCUUCGAAGAACGUAGUAGGGCCAGAAUGCUCGCCCUAUAUAUCAUCGUUAUGGCCGAUAUAGCGCUCCUAGCUGUCAAACUAUCCAUCACUUUGUUCUUAUUCUCCCUCGUGACCAAAGUACAUAAGCGAGCGAGAUGGAUCAUCUACGGGUUGAUUAGCCUCACUACUCUCGCUACCCUAUCUGAGAUUAUCGUCUGGUCCCUUCAGGCAAAGCCAUUGGAAAAGGCAUGGAACCCCGAUAUACCUGGAACUGUGGCAAGUCCAUAUACACUAAUUACUGCUCAUAUCGUAUCUCAAUCCGUGGGCGCCGCGACUGACUUAUUCUACGCCUUAUCCCCAAUCUACUUUUUCGGGAAGCUUCAACUAGAUCUAAAGAAAAAGAUUCUCCUUAUUAGUCUGACGGGAUCGGGUUUGGUAGUCUUCGCUGCCUCCAUCGCCCAUCUUGCCUUCAUCGAUGAUUUCGUGGACCCAGACUAUACUUGGACGUUACAACGUCGAAUCUACAUCUUUGGGCUUGUAGAGCGAAACAUGGCGGAAGUUGUUGCCAACCUUCCCGGCUUGACACCGCUGUUCCGAAGUGCGUACAAGAAGACAAGUCAGGUACUAGCAGGUUAUACCGGCCCAUCCUCCAUUCACGUCAAUGGAGACAACGGACACGCCUUGUCAUCUAUUGCUACAAUUGGAACUGCUGGGAAGUCGUCGAAAAGGGGUGUCGCAGUGGGUAGCCCCUAUUCGUCUCGAAAGAACGCACAGUUCAGUGAGCUCGACACAACAUGGGAUAAUGACCAGCUUAGACUAUGGAACGAUUCGCAAAACCGUUCGGCGUCUGGAGUAAGCACGUUGUCGUAGUUAUAGAUACGAGGAUAAUACAUUGGCAUUAUUUUGAAGCGUUGACUGAG